AUGUCAUGGGAUGUCAUCUUGAGUCAGCUGCAUUACAUCAUCCCAGAGGAAUCCAAGCACGGAACGUUUGUUGGAAGAAUUGCUCAGGAUCUGGGACUGGACAUAGGUGAGAUUAAUUCCAGAAUGUUACGUGUUAUCUCUGUGGAUGAAAAAGGAUAUUUCCAAGUUAAUCUGCAGAAUGGAAUAUUGUUUAUUAAGGAGACAAUAGACAGAGAGCUGCUGUGUCCAGAAACACCCUUCUGUAUUAUUCCUCUGCAGGUUAUUGUAGACAAGCCUGUACAGAUGUAUCGUGUAGAUGUUGAAAUAGAAGACAUUAAUGACAAUAGUCCAGCCUUCACUUCCAGAAUUUAUAAUCUAAUCAUCUCAGAACUCAGACCUACAGGAUCUAAUUUCCCUUUAAAGGCAGCAGCUGAUCCAGACCUUGGAACAAAUUCUAUUAUAAAUUAUGAGCUCAGUGCUAAUGAUUAUUUUGCAUUAGAUUUUCAGAAAUACAUGAACCAGAUUAGGUCUUUAGAGCUUGUGCUUAAGAAACCUCUUGACAGAGAAAAGCAGUCUGUUCACAAUCUGACAAUGAUAGCCUAUGAUGGUGGAAAACCACGAUUAAGUGGUACGACACAAAUAGUAAUUAACAUUGAAGAUGUUAAUGAUAAUGCCCCCUCAUUUGAUCAGCCGUUUUACCAGUGUAGUGUGGUUGAAAAUGCGCCAAAGGGAUCUCUGGUGUUUAAAUUAAAUGCUACAGAUCUAGAUCAGGGACAGAAUGGUGAAAUAGUUUAUGAAUUUAAUAGUGCAGAGACAAUUAGCACAGUGUUUAGUCUUAAUAAACAUUCAGGAGAAAUUCGGGUGAAAGGUGAAAUAGACUUUGAAAAGGUCAAAAUGUAUGAAAUUCAAAUUGAUGCAAUUGAUAAUGGGGAUCAUCCAAUGAUUGGACACUGUAAAAUCUUAGUGAGUGUUAUAGAUGUAAAUGAUAACCCCCCUGAGAUGACAGUGACAUCUCUUUCUGUCCCUGUUCCUGAAAAUUCACCUCUAGGAACAACUGUUGCAAUUAUCACAGUACGGGACAAAGACUCAGGGUCAAAUGGAAAAGUAAAUUGUCAGGUUUCUGUUGAUGUACCCUUCAAAAUCAAUUCAGCAUACACAGGUGACUUUUCACUGACAUUAAAUCACCCAUUAGAUCGAGAAACUAAAGAUGAAUAUGAAGUUCUAAUUACUGCAAGAGAUGAAGGUUUCCCAUCUCUAUCAAUCUCAAAAACUAUAAAAGUUCCUAUUAGUGAUGUGAAUGACAAUGCACCCCAAUUUCACCAGCUUGUUGACAUGAUCUUUAUCAAAGAAAACAACCCACCAGGAUCUCAUGUUUAUACAGCCUCAGCCUUUGACCCAGAUAUUGCCCAGAAUUAUUUUAUCACAUAUUCAGUCAGUGAUGGCACCAUUGAUGGAAUUCCCAUCUCUUCCUACAUCUCUGUCAAUCCAGAAAAUGGAAAGAUAUUCACUUUAGUAUCAUUUGAUCAUGAACAGCUCCGUUACUUCCAGUGUCACAUAACAGCUACUGAUGUCGGUCUGCCGCCACUCAGUUCUACUCUAACACUAAACAUUUUUAUUGAAGAUAUUAAUGACAACCCACCUACAUUUCCUGCAUUUUAUUCUGUCAUGACAAUUAAGACUCCUAAAUCAGCCCACCCCGGAAACCUAAUAACUAAGGUUAGAGCUAUUGAUAUGGAUUCUGGUUACAAUGCCUGGGUGUCAUAUACUUUUAAGGAUUCAUCAGUAAAAUUGCCAUUUGUUAUUUCUGAAACAACAGGAGAAAUUUGUCUAAAACGGCCAUUUUCAGAUUCAGAUAUUGAAGAAUACAGACUAGUCAUAGUCGCACAGGACCAUGGGAACCCAGUGAUGACAAGUCUAAUGGAAAUCUUUAUCUCCUUAGUGGAAUCAAAUGAAGAAAUCAACACAAUUGAUAAUAGCGAGUCAAAAAGCAACAAGGAGGAAUCUUCUGACACAAACAUAUAUUUAGUCGUUGCUAUUUGCAUUAUAUCAAGUAUAUUUCUCAUUACAUUAAUCACCUUUACUGUUUUAAGAUGGCAAAAGUACAAAGAGGAGAUCAAUGAUUUAAAAGAAAGUUACAAAAUAUGUUCAAAUACUGGAGGCAGUUGGAUGUAUUCUCAGCAUACCCAGUAUCGGGUUUGCUCAAACUCACUUCAAGGCAAAAAUGACUUAAUUGUUUUCACACCAAAUGCCUCUCAAAACCCAAGUAAUGAAGAACAUCAAAAUAUAGAAAGUAUCAGACCAGCUUCUUUCUAUCAGGUAAAAUAA